CACAUUUAACCUGCCAAUACCAAUUUUUGGCUUAUCCCGAGUUUUCCUUGAGUACUAUAAUACAGAAAAAUAAAAGAAAAAUAUAUUAGAAAACUAUUUUUCUAGUAUUCCUUCAAUGAGCAGUUGCUUAGUUGUUAGAGAAUAGACAAAAUCACACCAAUUUCAGGUAAAUCAGUUAUUGCAAAGCAGCAUUUUACAAAUAUUGUAACACAAAUUAUUUCAGAUGGAAUAUUUCAAACAAACUUUAGAUUCUUAUACUUUACUAAUUACCACAAUUAGAGUGCCUAGCAUUACACAAAUGGAAUGCAACUCUUAUCUUAAUUAGAUUGACAAAACCCAGCUAACCUUUCUAAAUUAAGCAAGCUACGUAACAAAGUUCCAAAUGGUAGACCCAGAGAACUUUUGUCACAGCCUUCCUGUUAUUUGCUGAAAACCGGAUCUCUCUUACCUUCAAGUUUCAAAUUGUUGAGGAGAAAUCAACGUCCCCUUUAAAAUAACUUCUUUCGCCGUGGUAUUUCCCCUGACUUCAUUUUAAACAUAUCACUGAUACUAAAAAGAGCAAAGUAUGAAUCUUCAUUCUGUAGCAGCUUCUACAAUGAAGAGUGCUGUUGUCCGUACCAGCUGGCAGGAGCUCAAUAUAGUUUAUUCAUGGAUUCAUGAAAGAAAAAACGUCGCAGUUUUGAGCUUCUGACUGGUAGGUGACCAGUCAGGACUGAUGAAGCUGAAAAUUGUGAGAUUUUGGUCACCAAUCUCUUGGUGCUCAAAUACGUCUGCCAUCCAAAAUUUACUUAUUACAGACUCUGAAUGAUCAUUUUUUAUGUGAAAACUCAGAUAAGAAUUAGAAUAUAACUUCUGCAUUAAACUUGUUUAAAACAAUGAUGGUUUUCUCUCACAGUGUACAAAUAGUCAUGCAUUCACCAGCUGGGACCUUGGUCUACAGCCUGAGUGGGAGUUCUUGGCUUAGACAAAGUAGACAGAGAAAAAUUAUUUUAAGGAUGAUUCUGGUAUUGGUGAGAUAUCUUUCGUAUCACCAUCACAGUCAGUUGUUUUUGUAACACUUUAGAUUCAGCUUUGGCUUAUUCAAAGAUAAUAGUGCUUAGUUUUUGUUUUUUGAUUGUUUUGUUUAGUUUAAUUCUGAAAAUAUUGGAGUUUAAUAAAAAAAUUAAAAAUUCUGUGGCAAAAAUGACUGUAUUCCAUAUUUAUUUGGUUGAUACCUCCAUUUAUGACGUAUAAAUGGAAAUUUGAAACAACACAAGUUAAGAGUUUCUCCCAUCACUAAUUUUUCUCAUUUUGGGGGGAUUAAAAAGAUGAGUAAACUCAUUCAAGAUAAUCUGUGUCAGGUCCUACUCCAAGGAAGAACUUUGUUAGUGCAUUCUCUCUAAAUUUGCAUGCACUUAAGCAAGCUGAAUCGUGCCUGCCACCCACUAGUUAUUUUCCACCUGGUGCCCACCUACACCUACAAUAGUGAAGCAGAGCUAAGGAUAAACACAAAUACAGACAAAACAGAAUGCGCAUGGUGGUCACACUCUUCAGAUUAACCUCUAUUCACACUGAUGAGACCCAUUGUCUUUACCUAGAGCUCUCUGCAUCCAAAGCACAACACACACACCGCUCUGAAACAAUGGUAAUUGUGACCUAUCUUCUCGAACAGUAACUCUGUUUUGGUUUGGACUCUUUGAGGUCAGAACUCCAGGUCAGUCUGCAUCAACCUGAAACAAAAACAGAGGCAAUUAAUGUCCCAAAGCUCCCGCAAGACAUGUCAAGGUGUGUGGUUGAAGGAACGUGUUCGUCAAAGUUGUUCAAAAGUUGAACAAAAGUAUUUCAAGCUAAAUUGGCGGUUAACUUUAGCUUUUACAAUUUCAAAAGUAGCAAUAAAGACAUUUGGAUACUUGGAUUGUAAUUUCUUCGUAACACGUCUUAAAUGAUAAUAAAAGGAUUGUCACCUGUAUUUCAGGAACAUGUAAUCCUUGACUUUAACUUUCAAAUCCUUCUGCAUUUGCAUGAAGUGCUUUUUCAAGGUUUAUCCACAGAUCUUACUCUAUAUUAAUCUCACAAAAUGAAGGGGAUAUGACAAACACCUUGCCUGCACUUGCAGAGAUAAAUCAUUAGGAAUUUUGACAUGUUUGAGAUCAUUAUCCCCAGAUGGAAGCCUCACAUGAGUCUUUUACACAGGUGUAAUGCUUGCUUCCACAGUUUUGCAAUACAUAUUUCGCUUCUUAAAAAUAUAUUCUAAAAACCUGGCUUCAUAUGUGCUAACAUGAGAGCAGAGUAAAACUGCAGCUUUGCAGAGUGGACAGAUCCUUUCUUAGUAUCUUGUGCAAUCAAAUGGGAUUAUUAGGUUCAAUCAGUCCUACAAACUGUUUUUGAAAGCCCAAACUUGACCUUCAUCAUUUACGUUAACUCUCAUUUUGUAAUUACAUUAUGAAUUCAAUCAUAAACUCUACAGUAUACCUUAGUGUUAAGCACCUACUUUGAUGUUCCCAUUGAUGAAAUUUAAUGGAACGGGGUUGGAAGAGUUAAAGUACACCUAAAGGACAGAGACAUUAAUUACACAGCUUUAAACAAGUCAAAACAUCAAGAUGCUACAGAGAAACUUUCAAUUUUUUUUCACACUCAGGGCACAAACCUUUGUGUACAAUGUAAUAGUGCAUAUCUGUGAAGUGGUGCUAAGGUAAGUCAUUGUCUUAAAAAUUAUAUAAAGUAAAAAUAUAAAACUUGAGGUGUGCUUUGGUCCCAACCCCUUUAUUCUCAUACCCCUAAUUCAAUCAAUACUCUUGGUUGUUAUGAAUUGUCUUCAGAAAUUGCAUAAUUAGUAAAAGAAAGUCUGCCUUUCUGUAAUAUAAUUUCAUAGUAAAUACAGUUGUUCUGUGAUGUUCUCAGAAGUUUGUUAAGAAAAUUAUGGAGAAAAUUGUGGUUGUUACUUCCCAGUAGCAAUUUAGGAGACAUAUUAACAUGCAAAAUAUCUGUUGUGAUGACACCGAAUGUGAAAGUAGGUAGUAGUAGAAAUUGAUGGAGAUGAACACAGAAUGUUGCUUUUCAUCUAAUCUGACAGAAUUGAGUCAUUUUGCAAAGCAGUAGAGAAAAUGCUUCAGUCUGUGCACAUGAAUACAUAAAUAAAUUACAUUGAUGUUUGUGACUAUAACAAAAAAUAUAUCUGUAAAUGUUCAGUGUAUGAAAACUAUUAUGAGGUUAUACAAAUAAGGUCUGGAACCUUUUUUUAAAGCACUAAGAGUUCAGAUCUUUCAUUCUGAACAAGCUUUAGGUGGUCAUGCUCUUCCUUUACUGGUACAUGAAGAUUAUUACUUCACAAACAAAACAAGUUGUAAAUGAUGCUGUGAUUUAAGGUUUAUAUGUUCAGGGAACUGAAUUCAUUUCGAACUCUACUUCUAUGAAUAGUAGAAAUUUCAACCAAUGUCAUUUGCUAACUUGUAUUUCCAAAUAAACAUUAAGAAACUAUAGAGUUUUUGUGUUUGCUUUACUUUGCUAUUGUUUCUUCACAAUCUUGUAAUCAUGGAGACAGAAAGAGACGGAGGUAAAGAGGCAGAGGGCAAGAGGAGAUCAGGUUUCUCGGCAGCUCUGUAUCCUAAUCCUGGAUUUGGAAAUGGGAUGAGAAGAACAUAGGUAAGUACAAACAACAAGCAAUUACAGCACUGACAUAGAAUUGAAAGGUGGGGGGAGAGCAGCUAGACAGUAAACAGGGAAUCUCAUAGGUUGUGAGAGGGGUUGGUUAGAUGUAGGUGGGAUAUAAAUACCUGCAGUAGACUAGGGCAGAAAAAUGCUGAGGGCAUGACAGAUGCUGACUUCCAUUGAUCAACGAAGGUUAUAACAAACCAGCAGGGCUGCAUUGUUUAGCUCUCAUUAGAGGAGACUCACAUUUCAGCAGGUGUAACAGUGAUUUUAAAUCGAACAUGAACCAUUUUGGUAUUCACCUCGUUUGAGGGUAGGGUUCUGCUUAAAACUUUAAAGAGUUUUGGCGGAGUUGCUGAAAGGAAAAGAAAAAAAGUAACCUCUCGCAGUUUUCUACUUUCCUAUUCCCAAGUGCCUCAAGGGAGAUGCAUGCUUGACUGAGCCAGAGAAAAAAGGACAAGAAAAGAAGACCAUACUCGAGGUGUAAGACAACUAACGCAGCCAGAAAAAGACAGCAGAACAAGAGAGGGGCCAAAGAAGACAAGACGGGAUCUCAAGAAAGAAGGCAAGAUGACAGAUUUUAGGAAUGCAAUUUAGAGAAGAAAACAUCAAUGGAAAACAAGACCAAAUAAAGUGAGUUAUUGUGCUUUAAAGGAAAGAAAGCUUUUAAAGAGACAAACAUCAGUUAACACUAAGGCUGCUAAAGAAAGCCAAAGAAACAUGGCAUGCCAGGGAUUUGGUGCCGAUCCCUUCACCCCGCUGGCAGGCGAUUCACCCUUACCAAUCCUCAUGCACCAUGGCUCCACCGGUGACUGUUUACCAGCCACAUCCCAUGCUCACAGUAUGGUUUCUGCAGGAUUGUCCCUGGGUCAGACUUCUAAGAGGUCCCACAUGCACCUGUCCACUUCCUCUCUUGGGAAUGCCCUCAGUAAUGCUCCUCCAAGUUUGCAUUACCCAGUCACCCCCUGCCAUUACAGCAACCAGCAAGCAACCUACGGCAUGAUGACAGCCCAGGAGAUGCUUUCUGCUAGUAUAUCUCAGACGCGUAUCCUGCAAACCUGUGGCGUCCCUCACCCCAACAUGGUGAGUGCUGCAAAUCCAUUACAAGGCUCUCUGACUCCUUGCAUAUAUAAGUUUCCAGAUCAUGGACUCAGUAGCAGCUCUUGUGCUUUAAGCCACGGUUUUUCCUCGCUGCCGUCUACACUCCUUUCAGCCGACGAGGUCUCUGGGGGCCCUGGCGGAGAAGUGAAAGGUGACGCACAGCGGAAAGGGAUGCGGGAGCAGGAAGAAGCUCCCCCUAUGGACUCCCCACAGAUACGUGAACUGGAAAUGUUUGCUAAUGACUUCAAAAUACGCCGGAUCAAACUGGGCUACACUCAGACUAAUGUAGGCGAGGCUCUUGCCGCAGUGCAUGGCUCAGAGUUCAGCCAGACCACGAUCUGCCGCUUUGAAAAUUUGCAGCUGAGCUUUAAGAACGCCUGCAAACUCAAGGCCAUUCUGGCAAAAUGGCUUGACGAGGCUGAGCUGGCUGGUGCGUUGUACAGUGAUAAAACUGGAAUGAAUGAGCGGAAGAGGAAAAGGAGAACAACCAUCAGCCUGGGAGCUAAGGAGGCCCUGGAGCGAAGCUUUGUGGAGAAAACUAAGCCAUCCUCUCAGGAAAUAGCCCGGAUAGCCAUAGGCCUCCAUCUGGAGAAGGAGGUGGUCCGAGUGUGGUUUUGCAACAGACGCCAAAGAGAGAAACGUGUCAAAACAAGUCUCAGCCUGAGCUCCUGUUUGACCAAAAUCAAUCCAAACUGUCUCACACAAAUAAGUAAAACCCAAAGACCACUUACAUAAACUGAAGCUCUAAAUUGGCUUCUGAGCUAAUGCGACGGAGGCUUUUUCAUGACCACAGCUUUUCUGACAGUUCCAAAAGUAAUAAAUUCAGUAACAUGCAGAAAUGGAGAUGCAUUUAUGAAAACCUUUGUAAAAAAAAUAAACAUUCCUUGUGUUUCUUGUAUUAACUAUGAAUGUACUGAAAUCUAUUAGAAAUUAAUUUAGUUAAACAAUCCCUCGCAAAAAAUAUCCAUACCCUCAUACGACAUAUUCUUCACCGAGAAAGAACACAAAAUGGUACCAAAUUAUGAAGUGGAAGUUGAAUGACAAAUGCUAUUCACACUUUUUAACAAAUGGCAUCAGGUUUUUUGUUCCAAGAUGUUUUUUGCUGUUUUUUCUCAGCUUUACUGAGUUAAUACUUUUGAGAACCAAAUUUAAUUGUUAGAGCAGCAAAUCUUUUCAGGUAUGCCUCCAGCGGCUUUGCACAACUGAGGAUUGAUUUUUAUUUAUUUAUUUAUUUAUUUUUUCCAGUUGAAGUUCAUUUGAAUUGAACCACAUUGAACAACAGUAAAAGCUAAUCACCCAAUGUGAUUUUCUCUGUAGGCACCGUGCCUUUACAGAUCAGCUGAGUGCCUUUCUGAAAGCUUUAAUCUACAACAUGUCCUUCAGCUUGUGCUUAUUUGUUCCAAGAAAAAGUGAAAAAAAAUACUGAUGAAAUUUCCAUCUAUCUCUUUUUUGACAUAUUUGUGUUCUUCAUUCGGAUGUUUUGUCUUGCCCUAUCUUAAUCAAACUACGGUACUUGAAAAAAUGUAACUGAAGUUAAAAUAAACAUAUAUUUAAAUUUUGACAAUAACUUAUUUAUUUGAAAACUAAUAUAUUGCGUCAACAUGUUUUGCUGCAAUUUGUUUAUUUGAUGGACAAUUUAGAGUUAAAUAUGAAACUUUUAGACAGUAUAGAGCUUUUUAGUCUGUUAUUUCUGUGAUGUUUUGAUUUUGCUGUUGCUUUGUGUUGCUUGCUGAUGUGUCAUACAAUGGGAAUCAUCAGCCAGCACUGACCCUGACCCUGUUGGACUGACUGAUGUGAAAUGUCCAAACUUUGACAGUUUGGACCUUGUAUUACUGUAACUACAACUUACAUCAAGCGCCAGUAACUGCGGUCUGGAACAGCUUGAAAUUGAUUUAGGAGAUCGAUAUAUAUGUUACAUAAAAUCUCAGCAAGACUGAUAGACAGUUUCUUUAUUCUUGCCAAAAAUGUCCAGUACUCCUUUGGUAAAAUGAACCGUCUGAGUAAUGGAUACUGGAAUGUAUUCUAGGUUCAAACUGUGAAUUGAGUGUUAUGAUGAAAUAGUUCACCUGUGCCAAGUCUUGUUUUUACAGCUCUAUUAUCAAAUCAAUGCACACAUUAGGGAGACAGAGUGAGGAUUCAUAAAUAAAACCAGCCGGCGCUUUAAUUCAGGAACAAACUGUUUCCGUUGUGACUUACGUUGGGUUAUAUAACUCGAGUGCUGCCAGGGGAAUUAAAUGCAGUGGGGUUAUGGACUGCCAAUGCAAUUCUUAGGGUGUGAAAAGUUAAAGACAAGUUAUGCCUUAAAGAGACUUGGUGAAAAGCUUCUUUGGCAAGAGUGAAAGUGCCUUUGUGUUAUUGAUGCUGGCUCUAAGGGUAGUGUUGCAAAUUUAUAAGUUAGUCUUUGGUCUCUUUUAACUUUCUAUACAUGUGAGAUUGUGUGAAUAGUUAAAAUGCAGGAAAUUUCAAAGCUAAACUCAGCAAAUUAUUGACGGUAUUACCUGCUUUCUGUCGUACCAUGUAAAUAUCUAAAGCUAUUGUAAAGGAAACACAUCAUGGUUUUCAUAUAUAUAUUGUUUAAGCAACAAAAUACUGUUUUCACUAAAGAAUGCAUGUAAUUUCUUGUCAGUGCAAACCAUUCUGGUGUCUUUAUUUGUUUUGUUUUUUUCAGAGUUGUCUGUAAACAAGCUCUAAAACUCAAGAUAUUUUGUGGCUGUGCAGUCAUGAUCAAAACCUUUAAGACAAAUGUAGUUGUUCCAGAUUUAUGGCUUCAGUUUUGCUUAAUCGUUUUUCUUUCAAUGUUGUAUGUUUAUGGUAAAAGAAAUGGGUAAUAAACAUUUUAUCAGUUCAAAAGGUUUUUAUUAAAAAAUGCAUAAGGUUUAUACAAAUCAUUGCAAGGUUCUCAGUGGGAUUAAGAUCUGAAUAACGCCCUGGCAAUGAGCCGCAAUUUCUAUAUUUGACCUUGAGCCACUCAGUUAUCCAUUUUUCUCUGGAACAUGCUCCACCACCACCAUGCUGGGGAAAACAUUGUUCAUCACUACUUUCCUCUUGGACGAUGUUUUGUUAUAGGUAUUUGUUCAUAGCAGUGUUUUUGGCUAAAAUUGUAAGUCCACUCCCUUAGAGGAGAGACAAUCCCCGGACUAGAAUGUGCUCAGGUUCUUCACACAGCAUGACACAAGAUUCACGGUGAGGUUCAUAGUUUUCAUCUCUGCAGUCAGUUUCACAGAUGUUACAAGAAAACAAAACAUUUAACCAGCCCUGGAGAGCAGUCUUGGCGUACAUUUUGUGGAAUAUUAUUUUCUUCAUGAUUUUCCUUUGGGUUGAAGUUGCACCAUUGAGGUCCUGACACCAGCCCAGCACCCAAAGGUUUGACCUUGAACAAUCACCACACUGCAGAAGUGAUGAUCACUUACUUGAAUCCUUUUUGCAAUAACAGUUGCUCAACUUUCUUGGUUUGCUCUCUGCAUUGCAAAUAAGGGUUUUGGAAUUACUGUAAUUGAUUCACUUACUAAAUAAUUGCACUUCACCCUAUCGCUCUCCAAUUACAUUGCUUGCGAAUUAAUCUUUAAACUGUCUUUGUAAUGGCACCAUAUGAUGGAAAUGUUGGUAAAAGCUGCCAUAUACACAGAAAUGAGCCAAAAUCAUUGGCUUGUCAGGAUACUUCUAUAAAAACGUUUUCUUUGUAUAUAUUAAUGUGCAAACUUUAUUUUGUAGGAAUUUAGGCUUACAGCAGGGAUACAUUUUAAGCGAGUAUUUUUCUCAGCAUUUUUCUAAUAAGGGUGUUGACAUGAAACUCACACUAGAUGUCAGCAACAACCAAACUACAUUUUUUCUCGGUCGCUGAGUUGGUGCAUUUCUCAGAACAGAAUUGAAAUUCUCAAAACUACUUGUUCAAUUUUCAAAUCAAUUUGUCACUUGUACACAUAAAAAGAUAAUUUCUUGUUCCUUCCAACAAAUUGCAAAGCUUUUGGACAUCAUACAGGUUACUUACGCUCAGUUAUCUGCUUUUUCCUACAUUUUCAAUUGCUUUUGUCAUGUUGAUCAAAAUGCAUUAUUUGGGUCUCUGUUGAAUUGUCUCAACCUCCACAAUAUUUAAGCAUUAUUUCAUUCCAUGCAAAAUGCUUGAGCAAGUUACCAUGAUAUAUCAAGCAUAUAUCUAGAUAUUUCCAUUAGAAAAGCCAAUGCCUCACCAGUAAUGAUCAUCACCACAGCUCACUGACUUAGAGUGAAGUCACACAGUACGAAGAGCCAUUUCAGCCAAAAUUAAAAUAAUAAAUAUAUAGGGAAAAUAAGCAGCAGGACAUUUGGACAGUCCAAGGUAACACUGGUAGAAUAGAGUCUGAUGAGAUGCAAUCAGUUGAACUCUUUAGAUGUCCCUUUAAAUACCAUAUUUGGAGAAGAAAUAGAACAAAUUACCACAAAAACAUUUUCUGGAGUAAUGUGGGGGUGGUAACAUCAUUGUUUCUGGCUGUUUUUCAACAUAUGGAACUGACAUCAUGUAAUCAAAGGAAUGGUGUAUAUAUAAAUGUACUGAGGCGUUCUGGGUAAGAAGCUGACACUGAAAUAAAUGUUCUAAGCAAAACAAUGAUCCCAAACAAACUCACUUUGUUUCUUGUAAGAACAAUACAGCAAAAAUACAAAUCUGGAGCCCUUACAAUCUACCGAGCCAUCUUUGAACUCAGUCCAGCUACAGAAAACUUUAGUCACAAAUGUUGCAUGACCUUUUAAAAAAAAGACAACUUAUUUUUAAAUAUACCAGAGGAAAUUGUAAUUUUUAAAGAACUACAAUUUAAUAUUUGUGUGCAUUUUAAAAUAAAGAAAAACAAAGCUUUUGCAAAAAGGGGAUGGACAUUUAAUUCCCUGGGAUGUUAUUUCUGAAAAAUGAAAUAAUAAAAGUUAAUUUAAAAAAAUUAACAGAAAAAUAGAUCUAAAAAUACUUUUGUCAUUCUUUUUUGGGAAGCCAAUAAAAUUAUAAUGCAAUUAAACAAUAUAUAUACAGUAUAUUGUUAUAUAUACAAUAUAUAAGGAACAAUGAGUCAAAACAAAACCUGUGAAUUGAAUACAACUUACUUCCCAUCCAGAUUACUUCAGCUGUCCUUACCAGAGGUACUUCCAUAGAAAUGUACUAUGGAUGUUAAAUAUAUUUCACUUGGUGUGUUCAGUAGUCACCCUCUGUGUCAUUUCCCUUUGUUGCACAUUACCUGUGGACUAACUUGUCACAAUUUCUUUCUACAUAUGGAUCAUUUUGGUUGAGACAGACAUCUGGUAUUAUAAGAAAGUUCAAAAUUAAUUUUCUCCCUCACAUAACAUGUGAGGGACAAAAUAUGACCCUUCAUAUGGAAAAACAGUAUGAGACCCAAUCAGAAUCAUACCUGAGGAAACUUUAUUCCUUAUAAAAGCCAUAAACCUUUUACAGAAUCAAUUAACAAUGACAAAGAAGUAAACAAACAUGAGUAAGCAUGUCUUUGAAAACAAACUUCCACCCAGGCAACGGCACUCAUCAAAAUCUGUAAAGACCCUAAUUCUGUUUACAAUUAUGUUAGACUGGUGCAUGAUAGAGGAAGAAAUGAUGAGCAAAACCUCAAUGGAGUAUGUUGGGCUAUGUGUGUCACAAGAGUGCAAGAAUUACACAUUUUCAGUUCAUUUUGGAAGCAGGAACUGAUGUGGAAUUAAACGGCCAGAAAGAGAAAGACACUAUGUUUCAUUGAACAGAUAUCACCAUUUCUCUCACAAAGCCUGAAACUGCUGACAUUAACAAUUCACUUUGUUGGAAAGUCAGACAUGAAACAUUUUAAAUCACAGUGUCAUUUCAACACACACUUCCAUUAUUUUGUAGCUGUAGUGUGCAUGUGUGUGUAGUUUCUUUUGUAUGAGGCAGCUGAAGAUUCCUAAAGAAAGUAACUGCACAGCAGCUGAGAGAG